CAAAGGCUUUACACGAUUUGAUAAACUAACUAUACCAAUUCGACAAGAUAGUUCCCAUAAACUCAUUAAAACGCUUCUUAUAACCACCUACUUUAACACAACACGGCUCAUGGGCGUCGGUUUCAACACAAUUAGUUAUUAUAAUAUAAGGUACCUUAUAUGUACAAAGAAAUUCCGCUGCUCCUCUAGAACACGGACACCAUCACAAGGUCGGUUAAAUAGCGAGGCGUCAACGACAGCGCGAGAAAAGUAUAUAUAGCUCUAAGAGUCUUCAUACCAGAAUGGCCCUCUACGGACGAAAACAGAUAAAAGAUAGUUCUCUUUUACGUUUAGGACAACGGUAUUAACAGAGGCUCGUGGCUUGGUUAUUAAUUCUUUGUGCGAAUUGACCGUAAACGUCCUGCUUUAUCUUAAGAAGCGAGAAAGUAUCAAUUCUAUCCUUUUUCCUAUGGAUUCGUAUAUCUACCAUAAGCGCGCAUUGUUUCAUUGACCAUCUAGCAACGUCCCAUGUAUUUUAUCUCGAGCUCUGAGCUACGAUCUGGCUACCCUACUCAACCCUUCGACUUACACCGUAACGCUUGCUUGAAGAAUGGCAGAACCGCAAUAUGCAAUCGUCCCUGCUCUCCCGCCCGGGCAAAGACAUCAUCUUUUUGGGGCUACCGAAGUUCAUAGGAAUUUGAACGAAUUAAAGCUGAACUUUAAUAACGUGGUGUCGAAAUGGAAAUAUGAGGGACUCGAAAGCUUCAGUGUAGGGGCUGUAGUUGUUCGCUUAGGAGUCAAGGAAGGUCAUAUAACUAAGACUCGGUAUCGUAGGCUAGUCAUAAAGCGAGCCCUCACCGACGACUCCGAGGACACGCUAAGGAACGAGAUCGAAACGAUCCAGUCAUUGCACCCCGCAGAGCACAUCAUACACCCAUUAGUCACCUGUGAAUAUCCGCCUCAUCCAAAUGCAGGGGAUGCAGAAGCCGGUGGCUCUGCCGAGAAUGCAGCUGAUGAGCUUAGUCGACUGUUUCGACAGGUCAGCGUAAGAGCCAGGGAAGUAAUCAGGGAUCCUCACAUCCCUUCUCGGCUGAGAAGGGGAAGGGAAGAUCGUAGAAUGACUACCAGAAGGCUCGUUAAGGAAUUGAACUUGACGGCGCUAGACGACUACCCCUAUAUGAUAUCGGAGUACCUCGAGAAUGGCAAUCUGGACAGACUGUUACAUAGAAUUUCAUAUCACCAUAUUCCCGUCCCGAACCGAGUCCUCUGGUCUAUAGCCCUCUGUAUGUUGAGGUCAUGUAUAGGAAUGGCAUACGGGAGGCCUUCACGGGAGGAUCGUGACGCCAGAUAUAGGGGAGAAAUUCCAGAACCAAGACUAGAAACCAUUCCACCGGGUGAUGCCGGUCCAAGAGGCUUAGUUCAUGGGCGUAUCGAGAGCAGGAACCUGAUAUUUGGCACCCCAGACAGUUUCCCGGAACAUAACCUCGUGGCCCCUCUUAAACUCGCCGGUUUCUCGCAAGCACACAUGAUCGAGGAUGCUCGGGGCCCAAAGACAAAUCUGUUCGGGAUGGGACAAACACUCUUCGUCUUAGCCAUGAACGACUACACCCAUGAUCUUCUCGCUCAAUCUAUGGCUCUGCCAUCACUACAGAAUGGAAUUUGGACGUACGCAACCUUAUUAUAUGGAAUGAAUACGACGAUCGACCUGGAUCUAAAAAAUCUAAUCGCGUACUGGAUGAGCAGCGACCCUAAUCUAAUGAUUAACCUACGGCAUGUACUCCCGCUAGUCGAAAAGAACGUCGAGAUGAGGAAUGAGGCGUUUUACCCUGGAGUAACCCGAGAGACGGACGCCUCUGUCAGAGCCUUCUUACAGCUCAUGAUAUACGAUGCAGCUGAAGCACCACCACUACUGGUAGAACAGAUGGAAGAAGUACCACCAUUCCCGCUACCAGUAGUUUUUGGCGCAGUAGAUGAUCCUAAUGCUGACGGGCCUGCUGACGAGGACCUUCUUGACGGGCCUGCUGACGAAGACGACCAUCAUUUUGAAGUCCCUCCAGAAUUUCAUGCUCCGCAUGACUUCCCUGAUCCGCCAAUUAAGCACCCUGUAGGUGUUUUCCCUCCGCCGGCUCCACUCCCUGUUCCAGUGCCAGAAAAUGAAAUACCGGCGUUAGAUAUUGCCAACGACGAGGCUUUCGUCGAAGAGGAGCAACCUCAUGACGAUCUUUACGAUUAGAGCCUGCUAUGUAUUCCCGCGCCAUUUUUAGGAUGGGUAACCGGUACCAGUUCCUGGUUAGUCUUGGAGUAUUUACGGGUGAUUUACGACUCUCCAAAGUUAGACUAUUUAGAAAGUAUCCGAAGUUACAUUAUAGGAUAACCUAGUGCUUUAAUCUACCCUGUAAUAUAAUGCUUUAAAACUGUAUGAUUCUCAUGUAUUAGGUUAAUUUUAUUAUGUACUUAAUACACCAAUUUGGAUAUUUA